AUGGUGGUGUCAAGAAUGCACGGAUUUGGUGGAAUCGAUGCUUUCUAUAAAUGUUUACAUGAUCUAUGGGUGUUUAAUGUCGACACAGACGAAUGGUCUGAAGUUGAAGCUGUCAAUGAAGGACCCGAUCUCUCAGACACGUCGUAUUGUUAUUAUUCUGCUGCCUCGACACCGGGUCAACUGCUUAUCAGCGGAUAUUGCAGGAAGACGGCUUUUUCUCAUCCAAAUUGUGUUUCGUGUCCAAACGGGAUAGCGACCAUUAACGUCGGAGCUCGCAACAUUAGUGAGUGCGCGGUUUGUGAUGUCAACCCUUGCCAACGCGGCAAGUGUGUACCCGAUCUUAGUAGAGGAAUUCUACAACCUGCUUGUCAGUGCUACAUCGGCUUUACCGGUUCUACAUGCAGAUAUCCUACCCACUUUCUCAUAGGAGCAGGAAUUGUCAUAUUCGUUGGAGUAGUUUCGGUUGGUACAACAGCCUUCCUUUUAAUGCUUCAACGAAGGAAAUUCAAAGAACGCGUUUUACAGAGACAAGUAGAUGUGUUAAUAGAUGUAUGGCAAAUAGAUGAAGACGAAGUACCGUCAGAAGAACAACUUGGAUCGGGUGCAUCUGAAAGCGUUUACAAAGCUUUCUACAGAAAUAUCACUGUAGCUGUAAAGAAGAUGGUGGCUGUCGGUUUACCCAAGUUUAUAGAAGACUUCAAAACGGAGAUAAUGUUUAUGAGAACUGUAAGACACAAGAAUAUCGUUCUCUUUAUUGGAGCAGGAAAGUCACAACCUGGAGACGUUCCUUUUCUUGUCAUGGAAUAUAUGGAGAGCGGAUCUCUAAGAAAUGUACUAUACGAUUUAUCUAUUGAUAUCGACUAUGAGUGUAAGUUAUCCUUUGCCAUGGAUGCAGCAAGAGGUAUGCAUUUUCUUCACACGUUGGAACCGCCUCGAAUACAUCGAGAUCUGGAAAGCGAUAAUCUACUGGUAAGCAAAGACUGGAUUGUUAAAGUGGCUGAUUUCGGUCUAGGCAGGGACGUUACCCGUAACGUUUCACAAAACGAUAAACAAAAGAUUAGACACCAGGAUCGGUCAAAUUCCCAACAAAUUUCUCUACUUCCCCCACAAGAAGGUUUAUCUUUCGCAGGUGUUGGAACUGCGAGAUGGCGAGCUCCAGAAUUGACUCUUCGAGAACCAUAUGAUACUGCAGUAGACACAGUUUUGCAAUUGUGUUGUGGAAAAUCUGGUCAAGACAAUUUCCCUUCGAUCAAUACGAAUUCGAUUAUGAAGUGA